AUGCUGAUCAAUAAUAGAAAUAGAACUCCACUUUUGACAAAUUCAAACUCAAUUCCAUCUUUGAAUUCAUCGGAAAUAGCACAAUCGCCAAUACUUACCACAGAUUCGGUACAAAGAUCCCCAUCAGUAUCUUCACCAAGAAAUAUAUCUGCAAAAUCAACGCUAUUACCAAAUUCAACAUCUCUUAACAACAGAGAUCCAUUUUUGGAUUUAACAAAUUCGAACUUAGUUCCACCUCUAAAUUCAUCGGAAACAACGCAAAUUUCAAAUUCCAAUAUAGUGCCAAUACAAAGACCAUCUCUAUCAAUUUCUCCACAAAUUGAUAAAUCUUCAAGAUCAACGCCAUCACCAAAAUCAACAUCAAGCAUUCCUAAAUGUAACAUACCUAGUGGAAAAAUGAAUGUUGAUUGCUUUAUAGUUUAUAGAUUCUUUUGA